GUAAAAGUUAUCAGUGCAUCAUUUUCCAACAUGUUAGCAUGACAAGAAGAGCGAUAUAUUGUAAAGGGUACGUUUGUGACAGGCUUUUGUUCAUGAUAUUGUUGUACAAGUGAUCAUGUUUUGAGAUACAAAAAAGGAGUAAAAGAGAAUAUAAAGAUGUACAACGAAUGGUCCUGCAAAAGGAAAUUAAAUUGUAUUUCCAUGAAAUAAAAAAUGUGUUAACUGAAAAUGUACUAAGAAUCAUGUAUGACCGUGUACAUUGUAACUUGAAAAUUCUGUAUGCAUUUGAAGAAAGCCACAGUGUGUAUCAGAAGUCAGUGGGCGCUGGCGGAAGUCUCGUUUCCUCUGCUCUGAUUGGUUAAAUUCCUGUCGUCUUUUAUCAACGUAAUGACGUUGCUAGUUUUGAAAUUUCAGCGGGACACCUUACGUGUUGAUACUGGUGUUUUGAAUUUGAAUCAGUGCGUUAGAACUCUUCGUGCGUCGCUAUAACUAGCUACUAAUUUUCUAGUGAACUAUUUCGUCCAAACUUAAGCCAUGUCUUUUUCAAGAGCUCCAGUGAAACGAUUUAAUGAAAAUAUCGGCUGCGCCCCAGCACCGGGCACAUACGAGCUGAAACCAGGAGAGGUGAAGGGACCUGCCUCUUUCCACCGGUCAGAGCGCUUCAAACUGCUCAAGGCCAGUGGUGCUCCUUUCAUCCCACCACCAUCUCCUUCUAAAGAUGUGCCCAUGUCACCUGUGGCUGUGCGAAGGACCAUGUCUGUGGAUGGCCUGGUUGAUGGGUCCAUGUCAAAGAAAGAUAAGAGCGGCCUAUCGAUGCACAUGAAACAGCAGAAACUCCUGGAGAAAGAGAUCCGGGCCCUGGUGCAGCAGCGCGGGGAGCAGGACAGGCGCCUGCUAACCCUGGAGGAGGAGCUGAGGAAGGUGGAGGCCAAGCUGUUGUCUGCGGUCAGGGAGAAGACUGGUCUGGCAGCUAACGUCACCACCCUGGAGAGACAGCUGGCUGAGCUCAAGAAGACUAACGAGUUCCUCAAGAACAAGGUUUCUGCAGACACCACUAAGAAGAGGAUCCAGUCUCUGUCUAUGGAGCUGAUGGAGGCCAGAAACAAAUUGGACGUCAAUGACCAGGAGCUGAGUUUCCUGCAGAUCAGUACAGAGGCCCAGGUGAAGUUGCUGGAGACAGACCUGGAGGCAGUUAGAGCUACACUCACCGCCCUGAGGGAGAGGAACAAGGACCUGGAGGACCUCCACCAUGACACCAAAGUCCAGAACGAGGAGCUGGAGAAUGAUAUGGAUACGCUGCAAGCUGUGAUCCAGGAGCUGAGAGAGGAGGUCAAUGUUCUUCAGGGUUACCUGGACACAGCCAACGACCACAUCCAGGAUCUGCGUAUGAAGCUUCAUGGGAAGACCGAGAUGGUCAACAGCAUCUCUGAUUCUCAGCAGGAGAAACUGGGCCAUCUUGAGCAGAAACUUGAGCAGUGCACCGCGGAUCUCGAAAACUCUCAGAAAACUCUCCGUCAGAAGGAGGAGGAGUCAGAGAAAGGUCAGCAGGACCUGCAGGCUUCCCGGGAUGCUUUGCAGCAGACGGAGAAGCUUCUGGAGCAGCGAGAGGCGGCGCUGAUGUCCUCCCAGAAGGCAUUGGGAGAGAUGGAGGUGCAGAUGCAGCGGGCCAACCAGGAAGUGUCUGACUCACAGAGUGCAGUGCGGCAGCAAGAGGCGGAGCUAGUGCGGCUGAGGGAGGUGCUGAGGAGGACAGGGGAGGAGCUGGAUGAGAGAGUAGCUCACCUGGAAGAGAAGUGCAAGGUCCUGGAGGAGGAGAGAGUUAGUAGCCAGGGGAGAGUGGAGGAGCUGAAGGCAGAGCUGAGCCUCCUGCGGGAGAACAGAAGGAGUGAGAAGGAGGUGCAGGAGCAGCUCGAGCAGACACACGCCUCCAUGGCUGAGGAGCUGAAGCAGGAAAAGGAGCAUGCAGCCUCCCUGGCCUCGGUGCUGCAGGGGUUGAGGGAGGAGACAGAGGAGGAGAGGAAACAGUUGGAGGAUGAGUUGGAGGAGGCUCUAGGAGAGCUGUCGGUUCUGGAGUUGCAGGACGAGCGGAGAGAGGAGGCCCUACAGGGUCUCCAACAGGAGAAGACAGAGUUGGAGAGAGAGCUGACUGAGACCAGAGCACUGCUAGACAGGAGGAGCAGUGACGUACAGGAGGUACACUCUGCUGCCAUGAGGAGGCUGCAGGAGGAACACACUACCUCCCUCAGCAAGAUAGGAGACCUGGCCACUGAACUGGAGAGCUCCAGGCAGGCCCUGAAGGGAGCAGAGGAGAGGGGUAGAGCGCUGGAGGAAGAGGUGGAGAGGGUGACUAAGCAGAUGAAAGAAGAGAUGGAGAGAAUGAAUCAGCGUAAGGAGGUGGAGUUGAAGAAAGUGAGGGAGGAGAUGGAGGAGGAGCAGGAGAAACAUCUAGCAGACCAGCAGGCUCAGGAGAAAGCAAGAGCGGAGUAUGCAAGAAUGCUGUUGGCGGCACAGACUCGUCUAGCUCAGAGAGAUGAGGAAAUGAAGAGGGCUGAGGAGGAGGUGCAGAGACAGCUGCAGGAGGAGAGGAUGGAGAAAGAGGAGGUUCAAAGGCUACUGGAGCAGGAGAAAGGAGAGAGGGAGGUGCAGAGGAGAGACUUGAAGCAAUGGAUGUCAGAGGAGGUGGGGAGGCUAGAGAGACUGGUGGAGGUGGUAGAGGAGGAGAAGCUAGCUCUUCAGUGCUUGGUAGGAGAAGUGCAGAAGGAGAAACUGAGCCUUCACAACCAGUUGGAGAAGAUGGAGGAUCAGGUAAAGAAAGACCUGCCCUGUCUAGAGAACCACAUGAAGGAGGUAGAGAAAGAGAGGGAUGAUCUGAAAACAGUAGUGGAGAUGUUUGAAAUGGACAAACAGGGCCUUCAGGACCAGGUAGAACUAAUACACAACCGACUGAUGAAGGCAGAAGAACAGAGAGCGAGUCUCCAGAGCCAGGUAGAACUGAUGGAAGAGAAGGUUUCUCUCCAGAACCAGGUGGACCCAGCUGUCAAGGAGAAGGUUUCUCUCCAGAGCCAGGUGGACCCAGCUGUCAAGGAGAAGGUUUCUCUCCAGUGGGAGAUGGAGGAACAGAGAAGAGACUUCCAGAGACAGCUGGUGGCAACUCAGGACAAGAGUGAUGCAGAGACAGAACACUGGAGGAGACAGUACGAGGAGCUCUACACUAAGGUCAAGCCCUUCCAGGAGCAGCUGAAUGGAUUUGCUGCGGAGCGGGACGCGCUACUGAACGAGAAUGGGGCGAACCAGGAGGAGCUGACCCGGCUCGCGGAUGCCUACGCUCGUCUGCUAGGCCACCAGAACCAGAAACAGAAGAUCAGACACGUGGUGAAGCUCAAAGAUGAGAACGUCUCCCUCAAACAGGAGCUGUCUAAGCUGCGUGCCCAGGUGUCCCGUCAGAAGAAGGGAGGCCAGCCACAACGCAGGGUUGACCCCACCAAAGCCUUGAACCACCAGGACAGCAAGGAGAACGAGCAGCCUGUUGCCACACCUCUCAGACAGGGAAACCGCUGUUGAAAGUUCGACGAUGUACAGACCCUCAUAGACAGCACCAACUGGGUGAACAGGACACCUCCUGUUGAGGCAAGAGAAUGGCAUGGUCUUGCGUAAUAUUUAAUUGUCAUUUGAAACCAAAUGCUCUGAAAAGCUACUUGGUGAAUCAGUAAGGGGGGUUGGGUGUUUGUAACCCUCUAUAUGUUUUAGGAGAAACAAAGGCCUUUUAACAUCCUAUAGAGCAAUUAUGUCAGUUUCGGCAUGUAACAUGCUCGUCAUUCUUUUGCUACAGCAUUCAUAUUAAGCACAAUGUUUUUUGUUUUCUUCAACAUAACAUAGUUGUUGUACAUGUUUAGCUCUAUUCAUUUUAACAUUUGUUUGUUUUGUCUAAUCAACAUUUUUGGUUGAUUAGACAUUCCCAUCUUAUUUCUAGAAGAUGGGAAUGUAACUUCUCUCUCUUUGACCUUUUUUACUUUCUUCCAACAGACUGACUCUUGUAAAUAAAGCCCCAUCUCUUUUCCUUCACACUGAGAAGCGGGAGGAUUGUUUUAAAUAAAUGUAUCGAGUGUGUUUUCUAUAAGGGGUCCCAGUGGGAUCAUCCCAUACAAGCCUGUUGACAGUACUGCUAUACCUUACCCUUACCUGACAUGUGCCUGUUCAUUCACAAAAAUAUGAGUUGUGUUAACAUCCCAUACCUAUGAACUCUUAUACUUGUUUGAUCAGACACUACUGUGAACCAGCGUACCUGCUCGUCAGAGCUAUAUAUUUAGAGCUGAGCCAUCUUAAAUGUUUUAAUAUCCUGAUUUUAGGCAUUCAGUUAUUCAGAUAUUUAUAUUCCCCAUGUUUAAUGGGGUGCGUUUGUAAAUUCACAUGGGCAGAAACCUCAAUGUCCCAAUUCUCAAAAUGCUGCUUGUCUCCUGACAUCAACAGCCACACUCCGCUGUAGCCAGUAGAGAGCAUUCUAGGAUUGCAAUCACAUCAAACUCUGGACACUUUGUCUUGCCUGGCUGUUUUUUACCCCUUGAUCUGUAUCUCUUUCCUUUUCCUUCAUAACUUCCCACACUGGAAUAAAGACCCACUGUCUUCAACAUA